CUAUAUUUUGUUUUGUCUCUGAUAUACGAUAUAAAUUUGUUAAUGCAUCCUCAAAUCCGUAUCUUAUUGGUAAAGCCCUAACCCUAGCUCUUUCUUCUUCCCAAUCGUAAAAACCCCCAAAAACAACGCGAAGAACACCACUUUAGACCUUCAUAUCGUCACGGAAUUUAACCACAAAAUCUUCGAUUCAAGAAAUCAUUUCCAAUGGGUUCCAAGCGCCCUGACUUUGGCGACGGCGCCAGUCCAGGGAAGAUUUUUAUCGGGGGUUUAGCGAAAGACACUACUAUAGAUGAAUUCGUUAAGUACUUUGGAAAGUAUGGAGAUCUUACAGAUUCGGUUAUCAUGAAGGAUCGACAAACUGGUCGACCAAGGGGUUUUGGGUUCAUCACAUAUGCGGAUCCUUCUGUCGUUGACACUGUUAUCGCCGAGACUCAUGUCAUUAAUGGGAAACAAGUUGAAAUCAAGAGAACGAUUCCAAAAGGGUCUGGUGAGUCGAAGGAUUUCAAAACAAAAAAGAUUUUCGUUGGUGGGAUUCCAACAUCAGUCACCGAAGAUGAAUUCAAAGGAUUCUUCUCAAAAUACGGAAAAGUUGUUGAACAUGAGAUUAUUCGUGAUCAUGCAACAAAACGCUCUCGUGGAUUUGGAUUUAUUGUUUUUGAUAGUGAACAAGUUGUUGAUACAAUUCUCGUUGAUGGAAAUAUGAUUGAUAUGGAUGGCACACAGGUUGAGAUCAAGAAGGCGGAGCCAAAGAAGGCAUCAAAUCCGGGACCCAUGUCAUAUGGUAGUGAACCGCGGGGACGUGGGUAUGGCAGCGAUAGUUUUGGUGGGUACGGUGAUUCAUACGGUGGUUAUGGCGGUGGCGGUGGUGGUGGUGGUGGUUAUGGUCCUCCUUACCGGUCGCUUGGAGGGCUUUCGAGUAGAUUUGGAGAUUAUGGUGGAUAUGGGCCUAGCGGUAGCGAAUUUAGCAGCCGUUAUGGUGACUAUGGCGGUGAUUAUGGUGGUUACAGGGGCGGCGGUGGUGGUGAGCCGCCGCUUGGGUACUCUAGUCGGUUUAGUUCGUUUGGCGGUGGAGGAUAUGGCGGGAGUGGGCUUGGUGGGUAUGGCCGAGGUGGUGGUGGUGGUGGGUAUGGAGGUUAUGGGGGUUAUGGCGGUGGUCCGGGUGGUGGCGGCGGCGGUGGUGGUUAUGAAUCCGGUGCGGGUUCGGGAUAUGGUGGAGUGGGAGGACCGUAUGGAAGCAGGGGAGGUUAUGGCGGCGGUGGUGGUGGUGGCGGCGGUGGUGGUGGUCGGUAUCAUCCUUAUGGUAGGUAG